AUGACUUGGGAUCUUGCGCGUCGCCAUGAGCACAACGUGCAGACGCUGCGACGGUCGCCGCUGGCCGAGAUCUCGGGUGCGCUGGGCGACCUGGGCACGCUGCUACCGCUGAUGACAGCCCUGGCUGUGCAGCACUCAGUUUCGCUAUCGUCGACGCUGGUUUUUUCGGGGCUCUUCAACGUGGCCACGGGCAUUGUGUUUGGCAUUCCGUUGCCGGUGCAGCCGAUGAAGGCCAUUGCUGCUGCAGCGAUCGCGUCGCGGGCGUCUCUCCGGGACACCGUCGCGGCCGGUGGUCUCGUCAGCGCGGCUGUGCUGCUGCUGGCGGCCACGGGACUGCUGCGCUGGCUGGCCGUUCACGUCCCGGUGCCGGUGGGCAAGGGCAUCCAACUGGGCGCCGGCCUGUCGCUGAUCAUCUCGGCGGGCAACAGCCUGCUUGGGCCGCUGGGCUGGCUGCAGCCGUCGGGGCUGGAUAACCGACUGUGGGCGCUGGCUGCGUUUGUCGGGCUGAUGGCGACGCAGGGCUUUCGUGGAGGCCGAUUCUUCCCCUAUGCUCUGGUCACCUUUCUCGUCGGGCUCGCGCUGGCUUUGGCGGUUGCGCUGACGGCUCACGCCGCCGACCACAAUGUGCGUCUGCCCGGCUUUGCGUUGUGGCGGCCCCGCGUUCUUCUGCCGCACUGGCUGUCGGGCGAGGCCUGGGGAAUGGCCGUGGCGCAGCUGCCGCUGACGAUGCUGAACUCAGUUGUGGCCGUGAGCGCACUGGCGAGCGAUCUGCUUGGCGGCUCGACCACGCCUGCCUCCGUUACCGCUCUCGGCUGCAGCGUCGGCCUGAUGAACCUGGUCGGCUGCUGGUUCGGAGCCAUGCCGGUCUGUCACGGGGCUGGCGGGCUGGCGGCGCAGUACCGCUUCGGGGCUCGUAGCGGUGCCAGCGUCAUUCUGCUGGGUCUCUUCAAGACAACCUUGGGACUGCUGCUGGGCGAGACGCUUGUCGACCUGCUCGGCUUCUUUCCGCGCGGCGUGCUCGGCGUUCUGGUGCUGGCCUCGGGCCUGGAGCUCGCCGCCGUCGGCAACAGCCUCAAUCAAGGCGCGCCCGAUCUCUGGGAGGUGGCGGCGAAUAAUGUGAGAAAUGAAGCCGCUGCAGCCACGGCAUCUGACACAGACACCCAAGCGAACCGCAAGCAUCGCGCUCUCUCCGACGACGAACGCCUCGAGCGCUGGACUGUCAUGCUCACCACCACGGCUGGCAUCCUGGCCACCAAGAACGACGCCGUCGGCUUCGCGGCCGGCCUGCUCUGUCAUGGCGCAUAUCGCCUGGCCGACCACUAUCGCCAAAGAUGGCCGGCCGGUGGAGAGGGCCGACCGUUGCUAGCUUAA